CGAUUCCAACAUUUGUACACGCGCACAACACCCCUGCAAAACCAUCGACCACGCUCCUUUCCAACACUUCUACUCCGCCAGAUCGAAUCGAAACACAGUCGCUAUGGCGUCAAAUCGCGAUGUGCGCGAUAUGCUCGGGCUGCCUGUCGGCGAAGUAGCACCCCCGACGGCGAACAAGAAGUCGAAGAAGGGCGGAGGAACAAAAAGGAUACAGGGUGUUGCGCGUGAAGUUGCGGCGCUGUAUGGUGAGCGACCACCACCAGUUGCAGUCUACGAAGAGAAGAAGACAUACCGUGCAAAGAGGCAGAGCACCGGGCCUGCAAAGAAAUGGAUCCAGCAACCGUUCACAAACCCAGCGCGGCCCGACGGCCUUGUUUUGAAGCACUGGCGGCGCAAACCUACAACAGCACCACCGGUACAAGAAGGCGAGGAUGCUGCGAUGCAGGACAGCGAACCUACAGAUUACCUCGAAUCAUGCGCCGAUUACGUCAAAUACAACAUUACGGUUGAUAUGCCCGACUUUACAGACGAGGAAUACGAUGCACAUUUACGGAACAAUGACUGGAGUCGAGAGGAGACAGUCUACCUAUUUGGGAUUGUGAAGGACUAUUCAUACCGGUGGGCUGUGAUAUGGGAUCGCUACGAGUGGCAGGCGCUCAAGAGACGGGAAAGGGCGCUCGCAGAAGCCGCGCAGCAGGGGAAUGGCGACACCGAUUCGAAUGCGCUGGCAGCACUGCCAUUCGCGACUCCACGAGACAAGGAGCGUUCUCUCGAAGAAAUGAAAGCGCGCUUCUACGACAUCUCCGCUAAGCUCAUGAAGCUUCGCAUCCCCGAAGUCCAGAUGGACGCCGACCAAUACAGCCUGUACGAGACACUGUCCAAGUUCGACCCCGUCAUGGAACGCAACCGCAAGAUGCUCGCCACAGCACUCAUGAACCGCAACAUGGACGAAGUCAAAGAGGAAGAAUUCCUCCUCACAGAACUCCAACGCAUCAACAUGGCCGCUGUGCGCCUCGACGCCGAACGCGAAGAACUCCGCUCCCGCCUUGACGCACCGCAAGCCAACACCUCCACCGCCGCGGGCUUACAAUCCUUCACAUCCAGCACAGCGCUGCAAGCGCUCUUCCAGCAACUCUUCCAGCAAGAUCGCAGCAAGAAGCGCUCCUCCGGCGGCUCCAAUGCUCCCGGCCGUCUCAGCCUCAGCGCGAACGACAUGAUCAACACGCCCUCAAAUUCCACCUCCGCCAAUCGUCGCACCUCCAUGGCCCUCCCUCCCUCCGCACCGAGCCAAACACCUGUUAAAACCCUCAGCCCGCACCAAGAACACCGCUUCGCUGUCAGCACGCACGACCGCCUCACCAGCGGCAUCACAUUCGGGUCUGACAAGCUGCUCAAAAUGCGACAAGCCAAGUCCAACGUGCAGACACAGAAAAUCGCUUCGGCGCUGCAGGAAUUGGGUGUGCCGGAGAUCAUACCGAUUCCUACCUCCAAGGUGGCGGACGUGUUUGAGCAGUUGGUCGCGAAGGUGGGAAGGCUGCUGGAUGUGCGCAAGGUCAAGGAGAAGGAGAUGGGCGAGUGCCGGGUGCUGUCGCGGAUGAAAGCGGCGCGGGAUGGGACGGCGGGUGUCAAGCAGGAAGGCGAUGCGUCGGGAGAGAACAAUGGGAAGAAGCAAGGGGAGGGGCAGGAUACGCCAAUGGGGGACAGCAAUGAAGAUGGGGCAGGGGAGGACGAUGAUGCGGAGGGCGAGGACGACACGGGCGCGCAGAACACACCCGCCAACGCCGACCGCGACGACGCCGAAGCCGACGGUGGUGAUGAAGACCGCGCUGAAUCCCGUCCACAGGAUGUGGAUGCGGAUGCGGACGCAGACGCAGACGACGUCGACGCAGAAGGCGAGGAUGAGAGCGCUGCACAAACGAGCCGGGCUACAAGUCAGGGCGCGGGACAUAAGCGGAGUGCCAGUGAGCUUAGUGAUGGGAGCCAGCCGAGUGAGAAGAGGGCGAGGAAGUAG